AUGGAUCUCGAAACGAGGAGCCAGGACGAUCCCUCGGCCGAAUCCGAAGUCCUUGAGGCUCAGCGAAAUACUGCAGAUACUAGUGCCUCCAAUACUCCCGACGCGGUGAUAACGUCCUGUCCAGUAAAGGCGGAACCAGAUGGGUCUGUUCCAGGUACAGACGAGGCCAGUCGUCUCCGCGAACUCCAGGCCGACAUUCGCGAUCAAGAUGAUCUCGAACGGGAUAUAUCGCGUCAGGCCGACAAAUUGCUCAUGGAGCAAGCGGAUGAGCGAGACCAAAAGAGACUGGAGAAAACGACACUAGAAAAAAACAAGCUCGAGGUUCAGAUUCUAAAACUUCAUCAGCGACUGUCGCAGCCAGUUGGCACGUCUGCUAGAGUUCGUCUAGAGAACGAGCUGAGCAAACUAGAAUCUCGCAACUCCUCCUUGGAAAAUGACUUGAAGGAAAUUCAACAGCGUAUGGAUGAGAGACAUGAGGGUUUGGAAGCUGGUAUACAGCCAACGAGGACCGGCCGUAUGCCGAAUGAGUCCCGCCGAGACUACCUCAUCCGGACUGGAAAAAUUACUCCGUUCUCGAGGAUGGGUGUUGGCCCCAAUGAAGGUCCUCUUGCCAGUCUGCACGACGCUCUCAUCGAUGCGGAAGAUGAACGCGACGAGAAAGAGGCACUGGAACAGCUGAAGGAUCGUUUAACUGUCUCGCACCGAAACCUCGUGCGCCCUGGAUUUGACUUUGACGAAAGCGCUGAAUCGGAAGUCGCUCCUGUAGCUGAUCGACCGAAGAAACGACGGAAGCUGGAACAAGCUGCUCGCCGGAAGGAAAAGAAGCCUCGGACACGCGAGGAGUCUGAUUCUAUGGGAGCUGACGAAGAAAGUCAGGAUGAAGAUGAGUCUGCAGACUAUGUAGCAUCUGAGGAUCAGGAAUCUUUAUCAGAGGACGAGGAAGACUUCUUUCCAGAAGGAAAGCCAACACAAAGGGCCAGGCAGAAAGCAACAAAGACAAGCGAUGAGAUGGAAGAUUUCGCUGGGCUGGAUGAUGGGGACGAAAAGGUCUAUCAAUCUAGAAUUCAGAGUUGGGUCAGCCGGAGGAGUGCGGCUCGGAAGCGUGCGUCUAAAGAACUCAAAGCCGAGCCAGACGCUGAAGCUAUCGUUGACGAAGAUAUCCCCACCGAAGAAGAGGAGUGGUUCAUGCCACAUCCCACUGUACCGGAUGUUUCCUACGACAAUGGAUAUCGGUUGCCAGGAGAUAUCAACCCGUACCUCUUCGAUUACCAGAAAACCGGGGUGCAAUGGCUGUGGGAACUAUACCAGCAGAAAGUGGGCGGGAUUAUUGGUGACGAGAUGGGUCUGGGGAAGACCAUCCAAACCAUUGCUUUCCUGGCUGGACUUCACUACAGCAAGAAACUUGACGGUCCGAUUAUUGUUGUCUGUCCUGCGACGGUUAUGAAGCAAUGGGUCAAUGAGUUCCAUCGCUGGUGGCCGCCGUUCCGCGUGUCUAUCCUGCACACCUCUGGAAGUGGUAUGAUUAAUAUCCGAAAUGAGAGUAGCAGAGAGGAUGCACUAUUAUCUCAGUCCUAUUCCUACGGCAGUCGCGCGCUGACCAGCAAUCAGAAAGCCGCAAGGAAGGUUGUCAAGCGUGUGGUAGAAGAAGGCCACGUCCUGGUUACCACUUAUUCUGGCAUACAAACAUAUGCUCCCUUUUUGAUUCCAGUGGAGUGGGGAUGUGCAAUUCUUGAUGAAGGCCACAAGAUUCGAAACCCAAACACAUCCAUUACGAUUCAUUGCAAGGAACUUCGCACUCCACACCGGGUCAUUCUUUCAGGCACUCCUAUGCAAAACAAUUUGACGGAGCUUUGGUCGCUCUUCGACUUUGUCUUUCCCAUGCGUCUCGGAACCUUGGUGAACUUCCGGAACCAGUUUGAAUUCCCCAUUCGGCAAGGCGGAUACGCAAAUGCAUCCAAUCUACAAGUGCAGACGGCUGCCAAGUGCGCAGAGACGCUGAAGGAUGCGAUCAGCCCGUACCUUCUGCAGCGGUUCAAGAUCGACGUGGCGGCAGACCUACCCAAGAAAACCGAACAAGUCCUCUUUUGUAAGCUGACAAAAUCGCAACGAGAGGCUUACGAGACAUUCCUGAGGUCUGAGGACAUGCAAUCGAUCCUCAAAGGACGCAGACAGGUUUUGUAUGGCGUUGAUAUUCUCCGCAAGAUCUGCAACCAUCCAGAUCUGCAGAAUCACAAGCUGGAAUCGCAUCAGGUGGGCUAUGGAAAUGGUAACAGGUCCGGCAAGAUGCAGGUUGUCAAAUCUCUUCUUGAACUAUGGAGAGAUACCGGCCACAAGACGUUGCUAUUUGCCCAGCAUCGGAUCAUGCUGGAUAUCCUGGAGAAGUUUGUCAAUUCGCUGUCUGGAUUCAACCACCGCCGCAUGGAUGGCACCACGCCGAUUCAGCAUCGGCAGGCAAUGGUGGACGAAUUCAACAACGACCCAAAUCUGCACGUUUUCCUCCUCACGACCAAAGUGGGAGGGCUGGGUGUGAACCUUACUGGUGCGGACAGAGUGAUCAUUUACGAUCCGGAUUGGAACCCGUCGACAGAUGUACAGGCUCGCGAGCGUGCAUGGAGACUUGGCCAGAAGAGAGAAGUCAGCGUGUAUCGAUUGAUGACUGCGGGAACCAUUGAGGAGAAGAUAUACCACCGACAGAUCUUCAAACAGUUUCUGACCAAUAAGAUUUUGAAAGAUCCCAAACAGCGGCAGACUUCCUUUCAACUGAGUGACCUGUACGAUCUCUUUUCGCUAGGGGAUGAAAAGCCGGGCUCUACGGAGACCAGUAAGCUCUUCAAAGAUGCAGAGGUCACGUUCCAGGGAGACACCGACACCAGUGGCCAGCAGUCUGCUGGCUCGCAGAACGCCUCAACGACGGCGCACGAGGAGAAGAAAGAUAUCCGCAAGGUGGUCGGUGUCUCGUCCUUGGAAGACUACCAGGGCGAGUCAGAACAGCCUCGUGAUCCAGACAAAGGAGCUGGAGCGGCCAAUUCCGAGUCACGUAUCAUGGAGGGUAUCUUCGCUCGCUCUGGCGUACACUCCGCAUUGGAGCAUGAUCAAAUUGUGAACGGCAAGCGAGUUGUCCGGGCGGAUCCCAAGAUCAUCGAGGCCGAGGCGAAGAGGGUAGCUUCGGAGGCCGCGGAGGAGUUGCGCCGCGCAGGCGAAGCAGCUCGUGCCGUCCCCAUCGGCACCCCGACGUGGACGGGACAGUUUGGUGUUGCCGGCAAGCCCGAGGAAAGACCUCUCCCGUCUGCAUUUGGAGGUAGAAGCAGCACCACGCGACGGACGGCGGCCGGCCCGUCGUCCGCCAGCAUCCUCGCCAACCUCUCUGCGCGGGCGACGCCGCCUUCCCGCAGCCGCAGCGCCACGGGCAGCCCUGCACCUGGUAGGACCCCGACCGGGGUGGAUUUCAUGACGAUGAUCCGCGAUUACAUCCUGGCGCAGGGCGGAAGCGUCUUCACGCAGAUGCUGAUUGACCACUUCAACCGGUACUGCACCACACCACAGCGGUCGGCGGAGUUCAAGGAGAUGCUCAAGACGAUUGCGGUGCUGGAGAAAGGGGGACGGAACGGACGGGGCCAGUGGUCUCUGAAACCCGAGUUCGCUAAGAAGAACGUCGCACGGCCCUGA